UAAAACAAAAUGUUCAAUAAAGCAUUUAAAAAAACUAUUCGGUUCUUGGACUUUUGAGGCUGCGUGUUUUGAAGAACAAGUCAUCGUUUUUAAGUCCUCGACCUUAGAAGGUUGCAGCCCCCGUACUCCAAGUUCAUCUGGACACAGCUACUCUCGCGGUACCGUGAUGUCAUACGCCGAUAGGUCAGUGCAGCGCAGCUGCCCGUGAAGUCGAACACGUCUUCAGCCUUAUUAAACAAGCGGGACAGACAUUAAUUAUCCAACUCAACGACCAAUUAGUAAUUAUGUCACUCCAUGAAUAUAUGCUUACUUCUUCAUUUAAAGGAUCGGAAGUGGAUUGGGGCUUCGCUUAGCUUGUGCGGGGUUUUAGGGUGCAGAUUUGGCUCUUUUAAAUUAUCCGAGGAUGAUGACCGAAAGUUUGAUAUCGCAUCUCCUAAUCCUGACUUUAACAGUAAAGUUUAGUGAUGUGAGAGCCUUUCCGCGGAGCUUUGAGCCCCGUAUACACUAUCCAGCCGGUCAGUCGCAGAUGAGCGAACAUUUAUCGUUAAGGAAACCCUUAAACCAAGUUAAAGAUUCACUGUUGAGACAGAUUACACGUGUUAAAACUGUAGCCGUUACCUGCCACGAGAAUUAUAUGGAAAUCGCUAUUAAAGCGGAUCUUUUUCAAGUUGGUCUACCCGUGGAUGCUGCCGAGCUGCGGCUGGGCCUUGAGACUCAACCCAUACCUGCGUGCAGAGUGAGGGCGUUCUCGAAUGACACGUACAGUAUAGCUGCUGAACUCACUGACUGUGGGACUCAACACUGGAUGACCGACGACUCCCUUAUUUACACCAACUUCCUCAUCUUCUCUCCACAACUAUCUUCAGACGGGGUGAUACGUCUGGAGGAGUCAGUGGUUCCGAUUGAAUGCUAUUAUAGCCGGAAGUUUGAUGUAACCAGUAACCCUAUACGACCAACGUGGAUUUCCUACAGCUCAACACAAUCUGCAGUGGAAAACUUGCAGUUUUCACUAAAGCUAAUGACAACCGAUUGGCAGAAUGAACGGCCAUCAUCGGUGUAUUUUCUGGGAGACAUCAUAAACAUUGAGGCUUCUGUUCUUCAAUAUCAUCACACUAAACUCAAUGUGUAUUUUGAGAGCUGUGUCGCUACAGUGGCUCCAGAUGUUAACUCUGUUCCAAGAUACACAUUUAUUGAAAACCAUGGGUGUCUUACGGAUGGACAGCUAACGGCCUCAAAAUCUCGCUUCCUGCCCAGAAUUCGGAAUGACAAACUUCAACUCCAGCUCGAUGCCUUCAAGUUCCACAAAGAGGAGAGGCCAGAGAUAUACAUCACUUGUACUCUUCAAGCUUACCCUGUUAUGGAUGUAGUUAAUCCCACUCAUAAAGCAUGUUCCUUCAUCGACGGAAGCUGGAAGUCUGCAGAUGGAGGUGAUUGGGCUUGUUACAGCUGCCAAAGUCAGAAGGAGUUUGCUCCAUCUUUCCGCUCUACACUGGAACAAUCUGGGCCCCCUUCUCAUCCCACAUCAGACCAGGCCUCAUCUGCCCAAAGGCUCAUGAAAUUCCAACCUAGAACACAAGCAGGUUCUGGAGAUUUGGUUAAAUCUGUGAAAACAUCAAGUAACUCUGCUCCUUCAUGGAGCAGUAUCAUUAUCCCUCAGGAGGAAGAGGGCGAAUCAGUGGGAUGGGAACAGGAAAAAACUCUGGGUCCGCUUGCCAUAUUUUCAAAGAAUACCAAAAUGGGAUUUUUGCCUCCCCCUCGAGUGAAGCAGGGAGUUCCUCCCUUGCCUUAUCUCAAAGACAAGAAACCAAUGCCUCAUAACAUCAUAUGGACAAAUGGUGUCACAGCAGAGAUGGACUCUGAAGGGGAUGUAACUCCUACCCCCUCUUUGGAAACCACUGAAAAACCCAUGAUCGCUAAAAGUGAGGCAAAACCGGAGAAAGGAAAGUAUGACGACAACGAGGUGAAUGAGGUGAAUGAGGCUGAGGAGGAUCAUGGUGAAACAGGAAAUGUUGCAGAUGAUGACCUCUCUGAAGCAGAGAAAAAUGCUGAACAAGAUGGUAGACACCUGUGGAACAAUAAAGACUUGCCAGAAGAUUUUGAAGAGAUGUUCACAACUCGUGCCCCAGCCAAUUAGAAAUCCUUUGAAUUGCAUGCACCGGGGACAAGCACUUUACCACCGGAUGAUGUGGAGCGAGCUGAUGCUUAUAAUCUCCUAUAAUCUAAAGGCUAUAGAUACUACUACAUAUUACAUUCGAUCGAACUCUGGUUUAGUAAAACAUCCUCAAGUCGGUCAUAAGAUGUAAUGCAUUUUCACCAUUUUGAUCUAGUUUCAUAAAUAAAUGACUUUCUCAUUUA